GGGUCCGACGACGCAUGCGCACGUCCACAGACCAGGCGUUAGCAGAGCGGCAGUCGCACAUUUCAGCAUCUAAAUAAGAAAAAGGAGGUUUUGCGCAACAUAUUUGCUGUGAAAUGUUUCGCAGAAAGCUGACUGCCCUAGACUAUCACGACCCCAGCGGAUUCGACAGCUCAGAUGAAACCCAGUACAGGAAUUGUGUCGUGUGGCUGGAGGACCAGAAGAUCCGACACUAUAAGAUCGAGGACAGGGGGAACCUGAGGAACAUCCCGAGCUCAGACUGGCCCAAAGCCUACCAGAAGUACCUGCAGGAUCUGAACUGCCCCUUUGGAGUUCAGGAGAGGAAGGAGGCCCUGGACUGGUUGCUGGGCCUGGCUGUACGCUAUGAAUAUGGAGACAAUGUUGAAAAAUAUAAGAACUGCCCGCCGCUGGCCACGUCCGGUAACAGCGAUAAGGCCGUGGAUCCUCUUGUCAACCUCGACAGUAAUUCUCCAGAUUUUAAAGCAGGAGUCGCAGCGUUGGCCAACAUCCUGAAAAUACAACGGCACGACGAUUACCUGGUCAUGCUAAAGGCCAUCCGUAUUCUGAUCCAGGAGAGACUUUCACCAGAGGCCAUCACUAAAGCCAGCCAGAACAGAGAGGGCAUUCCGGUCGCUUUAGACAAACACAUCCUGGGUUUCGACACCGGAGACGCGACCCUGAAUGAAGCCGCCCAGAUCUUGCGCCUGCUGCACAUCGAGGAGCUGCGGGAGCUGCAGACGAAGAUCAACGAGGCCAUCGUCGCCGUUCAGGCCAUCAUAGCCGACCCCAAGACGGACCACCGGCUGGGCAAGGUCGGCAGAUGAGAGGGGGGGAGGUCGAAGAGAGGCGCUAGAGGGGGGCCGAGGACCGAGCCGCAGGAGUUUUCAAGUUGACUUACAGGAAAAAAAGGCCUUUUUUUUUUGUUUUCGGAGACGUCUGAAGGACAUAAAUAAGUUUGUGUUUUUUUUCAGUUGUUGCAUGAAAUGGGCCGAUUUGGACAAACUAUGAGCAAUGGUCCAAGUUUCAGAUGCAAAGAUUAAUUUUCCUACAGAAGGGAGGAGAAGCUCUUAGAAAAACUGUUGUAGUUCUGAUGAAAUAAGAAAUUCCCUCCAAAGACGGGAGGAUUCUGUUGA